AUGGAUAUGAGUGGUGAUCGUCUUCGCGUUGUCGCCAAUGGUGUUCCAAGAACCAGAACUUUCCACUAUUUCUGGUGCCAAACUUGCCAGCGCGCUGUCAGAAUCCCCUCCUCUGCAAACCCUAAUUUCUCUUUCUGCCCCUUUUGCUCCCGUCAAUUACACCUCGAACUCGAUAUCACGAGGCCCAGGCUUCUCAUGAAUAAUCCUCCUAAUUUGCAGCCUUCACCUGCCGCUCAAUUGAUCAACGGAUUGGCUCUCAUUCUGGAUCCAUCCAUGAGAGAGCGAAACACUCGAUUCGAUCGAACAAUUCGAUGGACUGAAGAAACCGAAGAAGGACCGAAUUCUCAGACCUGGAUGACUCUCCGAUUCGUGAGACCAACUCGUCCACAACUACACCUUCCCGGAGCCACCGAAGAAAACAGGCCGCCUCCGGCAGCAGACUCCGCCAUCGAAGGGUUGCCGACGGUGAAAGUGACGGAAACACAAUUGGCGACCGAUCCGAAUUGCGCGAUUUGCAAAGACGAGUUUCAGAUUGAUAUGGAAGUGAAGGAGUUACCGUGCAAGCAUUUCUAUCAUUCGGAUUGUAUUACUCCUUGGCUUCGCAUUCACAAUACGUGUCCUAUCUGCCGCCAUGAGCUGCGAAGUGCUUCAUCUUCUUCUUCAUAUUCAAAUUUCCGUCAAGAUUUCUCACAUUUCGACUAUCGAUAUGGAUUUAGGUUUGAAGAUGCUACAGAAGGUUUGAACUGGAUUUGGAGCCAGCUUGUUUCGUUCCGACCUGUGCGUGCAAUUGUAGAAUGGGCUGAGAGAUUUUUGUUUGAUUUCCCGGAAAAUCAUGAUCGAGGAGGUGGCCCGUGGUGGCGCUCAUUGUUCAUGUUAUAGUCUGAUAUCAUCUGAUCUCAUGCGUUAAACUUGUUUCAUUCAUAUGGCUGCAACAAGAAGUUGAAGCAGCAGUUGAGGCA